AUGUGGGAAAGAUUCUUUGUUGUACUGUUAUUGGCUCUAAUGCCACACGCCAUACUGAGUGCUGAACAACUCGAGGUGGAGGCAGUCUAUGAGUGGAAACAAAUGGUAUUUGGCUUCGCCACGGAAGCAGAUCGUCAAGACGCAAUAGACAAUGGCAAUUUAUCACCAGAAAAUGCAACACCCAUCGAUGUGGCGGUCCAUCAGGACUGCGAAAAGGGAUCACGUGUCUUUACAACAGUACCCAGAUUCACAACGGGCAUUCCGUACACUUUGGCGGUGGUGACUGAGGCCAAUGAGGCGAAUGGACCAGUCCUGCAGCCAUAUCCCGAUUACAGUUGGCACAAUUCAAAUGGUAGUGAUUGUGAUAAAAUUACUUCUGUAUUCCGUGUGGCAAUCACGGAGUGCAAUCAGCUGUUCGUACUUGAUUCGGGCGUUAUCGCUCAGGUUCAACGUUGUUCUCCGCAGCUACUUGUCUUCGAUUUAAACAGCGAUACCUUGUCCUAUCGUUAUCGUUUCGAUCCAAGCACGUACACAGCAGCCGCUUCACUCUUCAUCACGCCAACAGUUUCUGUGAACGAUCCUCCACCAACAGGUAGCUGUAGCAAAGUACAAGUCUACAUGACUGAUGUCGCGUUGCAUGGUUUGGUUGUAUAUGACUCGGAGUUAAAUACAGCUUGGCGUAUCCAGAAUAGAUUCAUGUAUCCCAAUCCCGAAAAUGGUGUACACUCACUUGCCGGUGAGUUAUUCACUCUAAUGGAUGGCAUAUUUGGUUUGGCCAGUGAUGACGAACAGCUCUACUUCCAUCCAUUGGCUUCUGUCCACGAGUAUGCAGUGCCGUUGAGCGUCGUAAGCAAUCGUACCAUUUUUGAGAACAGUUCAGGUGCCAUGUCGCUGGCUUUCCGUCAGGUGGCCACACGUAGCAGUUCAUGUGCCGCUGAGGCGAUUGAUAGUCAAAACAAUAUCUACUGUGUUACAUUCAAUCCAGUCAUGUUGACUCGCUGGAAUCCGAAUAAACCGUAUAAUGUUCAAAUGCCGGCAGAUCCUCAACUGCUGGAGUUUGUAAGCGGCAUGAAGGUGUACAAAACCCAUACCGGCAAUGAGGAGUUAUGGAUGAUGUCUAAUCGCUAUCAGAAAGUCGCAAAUGGCAAUUUGGAUUUUAAUGAAGUUAAUUUCCGCAUUGUGCGUCGAUCACUUGAUGACGUACAGAACGCGACAAAUUAAGAUCUGACUCAACGACCAAUCUUCAAAUGAUUUUGCAAUAGCUUGGUCAAUAAUAUUUUAUAUGCACCUUAUAACAGUAUUUGUAACUCCAUUUGAAAGUGUAAUAUGCGUGUUGACUACAAUAUAUUCUGUUAUUCGAUACUAAUAAAAUGGAAUAAAACGAACAUAUACUACA